CCAUGCAAAGACAACUGUAAAGUCAGACUCUAUAUAUAUAUAUAGUGGAAAUGUACCAUGUGUCUUUCUAUUUGAACCACUCCACAACUCCAUUGAUCAGCUUGUGUAACACAAAAGCCUUUUUGUGUAAUAAACACAACAUGGAUCAUAUUUAAAGCCUCUCUGGUUGUUGGUUAUGAUUAGUGCAGCUCUCUUCUCUCUUCAAGGUGGAUAUAUAUACGUAGGGCCCACGUCUGACCGGUCGUAGGAAGAUGAAGGGGUGGGUGGAGGGUGGAGGGUGGAGGAGGGUGGGGGGUGCUUGUGGUGGGGGUGGUUCGGUGGGAAGCUAAAAAAAAAAAAAAAAAAAAAAAAAAAAAAAAAAGAAAGAAAGAAAAAGAGCAGCGACUGUGCCGGUGUGGAGCAAGCCAGCUUUAACCUUAUAUCCAAACGCACACAUGCCAUGAUCCUGCGAGGAAACCUGGAGGAAUAAAAAACCACGACUGUGAAGAGAAAUCCGAUGAGAGGAGCAGCUCAGAGAGAGUGAGCUCGCCGUAGAUUGUCCAAAGGGGCAGCGUUUUUCUCCUAGUUCCGGUUUGUCUUUGCCUCCUGUGCGCUGCUGUCUGUCUGUUGCAGAGAGAGAGUUGGGACCCCUCUAAACAAAAGGCUGCACAUCAUCAUCCUAAAGGGAGAAGAUAUUCUACUGCAGAAGAAAGCCCCUUCUGCUUGAUGCAAACUAAACAUGAGCUCCUAUUUUGUUAACCCUCUUUUUUCCAAGUACAAAGGCGGAGAGUCACUGGAGCCAACUUACUACGACUGCAGGUUUCCACAAAGCGUCGCCCGCAGCCACACGCUGGUUUACGGACCCGGAGCAGCAGCACCACCGGGCUUUCAGCACCCGUCCCAUCAUGUGCAGGACUUUUUCCACCACGGGACCACGGGGAUCUCCAACCCGGGAUACCAGCAAAACCCCUGCGCGCUGGCUUGCCACGGAGACGCGACGAAAUUUUAUGGAUAUGAAGCUCUUCCGAGGCAAACGCUUUAUGGUACCCAGCAAGACGCGAGUCUAGCGCAAUACCCAGACUGUAAAUCGUCGAGCAGCUCUAACCCCGGAGAAGGACAAGGCCACUUAAAUCAAAACACCUCUCCCAGUCUUAUGUUUCCUUGGAUGAGACCCCACGCCCCAGGAAGACGGAACGGGAGGCAAACCUACAGUCGUUACCAAACUCUUGAACUGGAGAAGGAGUUUCUCUUCAACCCUUACCUGACGCGCAAGAGGAGGAUCGAGGUGUCGCACGCGCUGAGCCUCACCGAGCGACAGGUGAAGAUUUGGUUUCAGAACAGGAGGAUGAAGUGGAAAAAAGAGAACAACAAAGACAAGUUUCCGGGUCAGAGGGGAGAGGCCGAAGCCGAGGCCGAGGAAGAGGCCAACGAGGACGGUGAAGUGGAAGAGGCAGAGGCAGAGCAAGAGGAGAAAGAAGCGGAAGAGAAAGAAGAGACCAAGGAGUGAUUUUUAUGGUCCCUUUUUAUGGUUAUAUGGCUGAAAAAAGAGAAGAAGAAAAAAAAGAGAGGCCCCCAUAAACAGACGAAGAGUAACAAGGAAGGCAGAGAGAGCGUCAACUUUAUGACCAUCCUUUCAUUUUGUCAAGAGGGAAACAGGAAUCCCUCUCAUAUUGCUUAUCAUAAAUAGACAAAAUUCUCACUUAUCCUCUAACAUAAUUUGGGAUUUUUUCCAGUAUAGAAAGCUACACACAGCUUGUAGCACAUUUUUUAUUUCAUAGAAAUUUUGCCCUUGCAAAAACAAAAAAAGGGUCAGCAAAAAAAAGCAUGUUAUAGAUGGAAAAUGCCUUUUUUUUCAAAAUUUGCAUUUAUUAAUAAUAAUAAUAAUAAUAAUAAUAAUAAUAUGAAAAAGCAUAGCCAAAUAAGAUCAAAACAUGACCAACGCCGACCUGUGUUGUAAAUAGUUUAUAGCCUACAUUUAAAAACGUCAUUUCAGAAAUUGUAAGCGAAAAAUGUAGGCCUAUAACUUUAGUAUUAAGUGUUCAGACAUCAUCGCAGCAGUUACACCGGCUAUAGAAAACGGCCAUGUGUGUAGAAGUCCACACGUUUUAUUACUCUAAUUGUUACUGUUACUGUUUUACUCGUUUUCAUGUGAAUGGCCAUAGACAAAGAUAGCCAUUUAGCUCCUCAGACAUCUUUUUUCUAGGAUUACCAGGGAAAUGCAAUCGUUUGAAAUCCUUUGAUGCUACCUAAACCUGGGGGAAUUGCAAUAGAGAUUUCUGAAUAUAGAGAUUUCAUAUGGUUUUAAUUUUUAAAAAAAGUGUUCUAUUAUCAACCUUAUAUUAUUAAGUUAUGUAUAUGUAGCAUUUACCCGAUUAUACAGUUAUACACUUUGUUGAAGACAAUUUGUGAGUCUUGGGAAGACAAUUAGCUCAAAGCCAAGCAAACAAUGUUGAGAUUGUACCACGGCACUACCUAUAAACUCAGAGCUUUGCCUUUUUUGCUGGAUUUCUAUAAUUCCUCUACUAUGUGGCAUCGCUCUGAAUCUCGAUUGCAAGCUAUAUAUAUAUUUCCCCAACAACUAAAACUGCCUAUAACGCACAUUUUAAACAUGUGUAUGAUAAAUACCUGCUACAAUUACAAGGAUUUUAAAAAGUUAAAGGGAAUUUUUAUUUUCAAUGUGCUGGUGACAUAGCGUAGUUGUUUUUGCACUGAAUAUAAUCUUUAUGUAUGUCUUGUUAUAUAUUGAUGUUAACAAUAUGCUCGUUUCCUGGUGUUUUCUCCUGUGAAAGACGGAAUUGUGUGUCCUCCCCACCCCAACGCUGCCAUUGUUGAUGUAAAAUCACGAAUAAACAAGAUGGCUCACAAUCA